CGCACAAGCAAGGUCUUCUCGCGAAAACACACAUACGGAAAUACAUCAUGCGCACGAACGGAAUCCUUGUUGCUCUUGUGGGCGCUGCCUGCCAUGCUGGCAGCGCGUCGGCGUUUGUGCCCUCCAGGGCGCCUGGGGCUCUCGCCACGCCCGGCGCGGUGCAGGCCCCCACCGUCUCCGCGCUCGCUCCCGUGGACCUUAAGCAGCUGUCGACGACUGCCCCCGCUGACUCUGCCCUUGCCAUCACCCGUGGCGGUGGGCGCGGCGCCGCUCCCCCGGCGCCCAAGAAGAGCCAGACGAUCAUCGUGGGCAUCUACUUCUUCCUCUGGUACGCCCUCAACAUCGGCUACAACAUUACCAACAAGAAAGCUCUGAACGCCAUCGCGCUGCCGUGGAGCAUCAGCGUCCUCCAGCUUGUCGUGGGGUCGAUCUUCGUGCUGCCCCUGUGGAUGCUCAAGCUCCGCGACGCUCCCGGCUUGACCAUGGCCAACGUCAAGGGCCUCAGCCCCAUUGCCGCCUGCCACAUGCUCAGCCACGUGUGCGCCGUCAUCGGACUCGGAGCCGGUGCCGUUAGCUUCGUGCACAUCGUCAAGGCGGCGGAGCCCCUCUUCACCGCCCUCUUCAGCGCCAUCUUCCUGGGACAGAUCUUCUCCCCCCUGGUGUACCUGACGCUUGUGCCCGUGGUGGCCGGUGUGGCGCUCGCCUCCCUCAAGGAGCUCGACUUCAAGUGGGCCGCCCUCGGGGGAGCCAUGGGCUCCAACCUCGCCGCGUCCACCCGCGCCAUCCUCUCGAAGCGCUCGAUGGGCAUGGACAUGGGCAAGAACAUGAGUCCCGCCAACCUGUACGCCGUCCUGACCAUCAUGGCCUCGGCGAUGCUCCUGCCGCUGUCCGCCAUUGUGGAGGGCCCCAAGAUCCAGGAGCUGUGGGAGAGCACUGUCACCACCCCCGAAAAGGGGAACGAGAUCAUCUACAACACCGUGGCCAGCGGCGUGUUCUUCUACCUUUACAACGAGGUGGCGUUCCGGUGCCUGGGAGUCGUGCACCCCGUGACCCACGCUGUGGGCAACACGUUCAAGCGCGUGUUCUUGAUCGCGACGUCGAUCAUUGUGUUUAAGUCCAAGCUCACCCCGCUCGCGGCGAUGGGUUCCUUCAUGGCCAUCGCUGGCGUGCUGCUGUACAGCCUCACCAAGGAGUGGUGCGCCAAGCAGGAGGCGAUCAAGGCGCAGGCCCACAAGUAGAUGGACCGCUCAAUAAGGGAGGGAACAGCCAUUUAGGGGGCAGAGAUAGCUCAGUAUGUGUUUGCUUGCGCAGAGAGGGAUACCACCCCCCCAGUCCCCCCCAGACCCCGCCCCUGGCCCAGUGGAUGGGUGGUCGGUCUCGUCCUCUCGAGCUGAAUGCAAGUUUUUGGUAAAAGAAUGUGCUCUUCUUUUCUCAUGUUCUGGGCGGGGGGGAUGGGGGGUACAGUGAUUGUUUUGGGGCUCGCCCGCGCUUCAUUUGAAAACUCUGGUGCCCAGAGAGGAAGCUUUGGUGCUGAGGCAGGGCCGAAGGGCAUCGUUUUUUCGGUCCUUUUCGCUACACUCCUUCCACCACGCUUUACUUUGUUUUGGGGGAGAAUUGGUUUGUCUCGAUUCUCGGGGGUCCAGAAAAGGUUGCGGGACUUGACCAACGCCGCACGCACGGGAUUCGGGUUUCUUUUUUUAGACGAGGGAUGUUUGCGGCACAGAGGGAGGCUGCGCUGCUGGUGGUGGCCUUACCCCGUCGUGCGAUGCGUGACGCGCGAAGCUUCGCUCUCGCCGUGGUGGCUGGCUCUAACAGGGUCUUUGGGCGGGGAUGGGAUUGGGAUUUAGAGAGAGUUCCAUCCCUGCCACGCUUUGGCGAUCUAGAUUACAAAAAAAAAGCUUUUCAGUGAAGGUAGAGCUUUUCAAGGGGGUGUCAUGUUCCCGGGACCUUGAGAAGGUAGGUCCUGAUCGGGGUCGAAUGUGGGACCUUUGAUGAUAUCCCACGAAAAUUUCAACGAGGGCGUUAAAUUAAAACCAGCCAGAAUGACAGACACGCUUUCGUUCGUUUUUGCUUGCUUUUUUUCCCGUGCCUUGUGCCACAUGGCGGUGGUUUGGGACUGAUACCUACGCGUCGUCGUGGUGUAUACGCAUGCAUACGGCAUACGAUCCUUUGAUGCCCAUCUCUUGCCCUCUCGUCCCCCCCCCCCAAACUCUCCUCGGCCUCGCGCGAGCACUAGCAGCACUAACAGUUGGCGUUGUGUUGCAGCACGAGGGCCGCGCUCCAGAAGGUGCUCCCUUGGCUGGCUGUACAUACGCUAGAUCCUUAGAGAGGGGACGUUGGGUUUGCAUCCCCCCAUCACACGACGACUCUUGCCUUGUUGGCGUGUUUGGAUUCCUUGGAUUCUGGGCCUCGCCUCGCGCAAGCGGUUCCUGCUUUCUUUGAUGUAUUCGUAUUCCUUUCCAACAGCAGUAAG